AUGUCACGAUCUCUUCGACCUCGUGUACCUUCGAAAGUUGAUCCAAGCAGACCAUCGCCCAGCCAGAGUUUGGUGUCUGGGCUGGCGGUAGAAGAGUCUGAGUUUCUUGAAAGCCUCUGGGGGACUGUCGAUGUCCUGGAUCAGUUUCUUCGCGUCUUCGCCGAGUGUAGCCCGAAGGCAGGCCAGGGCAUUCCUCUAGGUGGCCAUCUUGCUUUGAAAACGCCGGUCAAGCAGGGCGUUGCUCUGGGCGUUCCGGUCGAGAAAUUCGAUGAGCUCCUCCGCGAGUAUGGAGUCGGGUGGUAUGCUAAGCUUGCGGCUGAGGGCUGCCAGGGCAGUCUACGGUUGUCGAUCUCUAGAUUUAUACCUUAUUUAGGCAUCCUCGCCGGGCCUAAGUCCAAACUAGAGCCAGUGCGCACGAAAUGGCCCGUCUACCGCCGGCCGAAGAGGAGCAAGAGAGAUUGGGAAACCGGCGCCCGCGGUAAAACGCUCAAGCAGGACAUCUCGUCUACAUCUACGAGCUUAGCGGAGAGUGAAACGAGUGAGAACUGGAGUAGCAUAAACGAGACAGUACGGGGUCUAUACGGAGUACUGGAACUGGAGGUAGAGGUUGAGAAUAAGAAUAUCAAGACCGGACGCUGGUCGAACGCUGAUUAUUCCACUAUGGCCAUGCGCAAAACGAAAGUCCAGACUCCUCGUCAGGACGAGAGUGAUGAAGAAGAGGCGCCAAUAGCCAAUCGGCGUGGACUCAAUACGAUCGUGGCUGGCCAGAUGCACAUAUACAACCACCUCCAAAGAUCCCUUAAAGACCCCGUCCAAUCCCCCUCGACUCGUCAAUAUCUUGGGGCUGGAGUCUGGGAUUUCGAGCCGACGGGGUGGUGCGUGCUGCUCGUCAGUCUCGACGCUGCCGGUGGGCUUGAAGUUCUUCUUCAGGUGGGCGUGCUCGCGCAGCUUGCACACAUUUUCACUCUCCACCAUCAACUUCUGGAAAACCUCGCCCGCGGUGAGUUUUUAUAA